UACUAGAACUUUCAAAUGUCCCUACUGUGUUUCCGUUCCAUUUCUCCUGAACCUUCUAGUUUUUUUCUUCAUUCUCACCGUUUAAAUACUCCAAUUCACCACAUCUCUAACAUUGAAAAAUAUCAUUUUUCAUCAAAGUAGAAGAAAAUCAAGAAAAAGUGUGAGAAUGGAUUUCAGGUUGAUGGGUUUGGAUGCUCCAGUGCUACACGCUCUUCACCAAAUGAUGGACCUUUCAGAUGACAAUAUGGAGAAGACAUCAUCACACAAUGCUCCAACUAGAUCCUAUGUUAGAGAUGCCAAGGCAAUGGCUGCUACUCCUGCAGAUAUUAAGGAAGAUCAGAAUUCAUACGUGUUCGUGAUUGACAUGCCAGGAUUGAAAUCUGGGGAUAUUAAGGUUCAGGUGGAAGAUGAUAACGUGCUUGUGAUAAGCGGAGAGAGGAAGAGGGAAGAAGAGAAAGAAGGUGGUGCAAAGUAUUUGAGAAUGGAACGAAGGGUUGGUAAGUUUAUGAGGAAAUUUGUGCUUCCUGAGAAUGCUAAUACUGAUGCUGUUUCUGCUGUUUGUCAAGAUGGGGUUCUGAGUGUUACUGUUCAGAAAUUGCCUCCUCCUCAGCCUAAGAAACCUAGAACCAUUCAGGUUCAGGUUGCUUGAAUUUUUGUUUUGAAUAAUGAUGUAGUGUAUGUGUGAUGGUCUUUGGGGGCAGAAGAGUACUAGGUUGUUUUUUAAGGUCGUGCUUGUGUGAUGGUAUUUGGUUUGAUGUAAUAAAAAUUAGUAAUUUUGAUUUGCAAUGCAGUUAUUCUGUUUCUGUGAUUUUGAUUGUUCUUGUUCUUGAUUUUGAAUUAGUAAUUGUGGAUUAAGA